GGCUUAGCCACCUCCAGAAGAUGGCAGUAAUGCCACACCAAGGAUGCAAGCUGCCGUUAAACCCCAACGAAGAAGAAGAAGCCGGAACCUCCUCCAACAAAGAUGGCGUCCUCCACGACGGGAGACGGCGUGAGUGAUGCACAAACAGGGAGGAAAAAAUCAACUAAACACCAAGUGGAUGAAGCCGAACUCCUAACUGUUCCCGAUGGAUGGAAAGAGGCGGCUUUCACCAAAGACGACAACCCCCGGGGUCUGACGGAGGAGAGCAGCUUUGCCACCCUCUUUCCCAAAUAUAGAGAAGCCUACCUGAAAGAGUGCUGGCCGCUUGUGGAGAAGGCCUUAGGAGAGUCACACAUCAAAACCACUCUGGACCUGAUUGAGGGAAGUAUCACAGUUUGCACCACUAAGAAAACGUAUGACCCUUACGCCAUCUUGAGAGCCAGAGAUCUCAUCAAGCUGCUGGCCAGGAGUGUCCCAUUCGAACAGGCUGUGCGGAUAUUACAAGAUGACAUGGCGUGUGACAUCAUCAAAAUCGGGACCCUGGUGAGGAACAGAGAGCGGUUUGUGAAACGAAGACAGCGGUUGAUUGGCCCCAAGGGCUCCACCCUAAAAGCAUUAGAGUUGUUGACCAACUGCUAUGUGAUGGUGCAGGGCAACACGGUGUCGGCCCUGGGGCCUUUCAACGGCCUGAAGGAGGUACGCAAAGUGGUGAUGGACACGAUGAGGAACAUUCACCCUAUCUACAACAUCAAGACACUGAUGAUCAAACAGGAGCUGUCCAAAGACCCUGACCUGCGGAUGCAGAGCUGGGAGCGCUUCCUGCCCAAGUUCCGCCACAAGAACCUGGCCAAGCGCAGGGAGCCCAAGAAGAAGAGCACGAAGAAGGAGUACACUCCAUUCCCUCCGUCACAGCCGGAGAGCACGGUGGACAAGGAGCUGGCCACAGGAGAAUUCUUCCUGCGUGAAAGUGUGAAAAAGAGGAAGAAGAUGGAGGAGAUCAAGGUGAAACAAGCAGAAGCGCUGACCAAGAAGCAGGAAGAGCGGAACAAAGCUUUCAUUCCUCCUAAAGAGAAGCCUUUAAUGAAGAAAACCAACAAAGCUCCUACAGAAGGCAAGCUGGACAUCGAAGCCAUUAAGGAGAAAGUGAGAAAAGCCAAAACCAAGAAACUGGGGGCUCCUCCAGUAAACCCAGCCCCCCCCACCGGCAGCACCACAGGCAAAAAGAAAAAGAGCAAAACAAAAAACAAAGGCUAACCACAGACUUACACCAUGGUAGUUGUGUUGUGUACCAUGUGACAUGGUAUUUGUUUGGUAGUCCUGUUGGACAGAUCAAGGACUCGGUCAGGAUCCAGGAAGGUGCAACAUCAGACAUACAGUGUGUGUGGAUGAAAAUUAAUUCCAUCACAAACUGUCCUGGAGGUUUCUAUAAAACUACUUUUGUUGAGGAUUUCCUGUUCAUGUAACCUGUAUAAUCCUCUAUCUGGAAACCAGUAGUACACCAGCAAGUGAUGUCAUACAUUGUCUUCAUGUCCGUUUCAUUUGUCUUCCACUAACUAUAGUCCAGAUUUUGUAUGGUCAGUAUUUAUAGGUUUUCAAAGGAUGUUUUUGUCCUUUCCAAGGCUGAUGUGUGUCCAGGAAGAAGCCGACUCAAUCGGAUGGAAAUGCGAAAUUAAAGACAGAUUUUUAACAAGCUGUAUUUUAAGUUUGCUUUAAUUCCUUUAAAUCAUGACAAACUUAUGGUAGAAGAACUGUUUAGGGGACUUGAUACAGGAUUAUAGGAGAGUCCACAAUCAUCGGUGUUCCAAAUCUAUUCCAUUGCAGAGCUGUAUCUUUUUUUUUCAGAUUUAAGGAAUUAUUCAUUGUUUAUUUUGUCAUUGUGGGGGCAAUUUAGCAAGCUGUAAACACGGACAUUAUUGCCUCAUAAACAUUUUAGCUAACAGCUAAAUGUCCAACUUUCACUCUUCUUUUGGCUCUUUUUU